AUUCAAAACAUGGGGGCAAAAAGGAAAUUUUACGAAGAAGAUUGGAAAAGAAGAUGAGAGAAAGGACUCAAUUGAAGAAAUGGAAAGUUGGAGGGAACCUGCGCACCAGCUCCCGCACCAGAUUCCCUCACCCCAGCGCCCUGAGCCCGCGUCCGCGCCCUGCGCCCCUGCACGCCCGUGCCUUGCACUCUGCUACACCUGCACUUGAUCCUGCACUCCUGCUUCUGCCAAAAAGCCGGAUCCUCUGCUGCACCAGAUACCCUCGCCUCCUGCAAUCACGCCCCUGUUGCUUGCACGCCAGUCACUGCUGCUGCACCGCGCCUGCACUCCUGCUCGCUACUGUACAUGCCAGACGAAAUCUUCAUCAUUACUGAUUGACAGGAGCAAGUCUUUUUAUUUAUUUUAUUUUUUAUUUGGGUAUAUAUAUAUGGAAAAAAAAUCAGAAGAGGGGGGGUUCGGAUUUUUCUCCUUCUGCGGUUCCUCUUCUUCUUGUCACUAAAAAAGAGAGAAGCAGAAGACAGAAAUCCGAAAGAGGGAAAAUGAGGUCUUUUGUGGUGUGGUUUUGGUGUUUGCCGGCGGAGGAGUCUUUUGUUUUCUGGUGUUGACGGCGGAGAAAAGGAAAAUUUGUUCUGCUGGAAGAAUUGAGUCUGCUUUGUGUAGGUAAUUUCUUUGAACAGAGGAGUUUUCUGGGAACGGUGGUGAAGGGGAUGAUGGGAGCCUGGUCCCGUGGGUGGGAUCCCUCCCAUCAGAUCUGGAUCUGCUUUUCCUAGAAGAAUUCCGCCGUGGGUGUUGCUUUGUUUGUUGAUUUCUUUCUCUUUGUAUUUUUCAUUUAAUGUUCAAGAUCGUAUGUAUUUCUUGAG